CUCGUGUGGGAGGUCGCGCUUGCCUGCCUCGCGAUCAGCAUCAAGUUCCAUCGCGACGUCCUUUUCCCUCUCGAGAUCAUCUUCGCCGAAGAGUUCCUCCAGCUCGCGCACCGCGGCACCGACUUCGACGCGUUCGAACACGCGCAGCGCAGCGUCUUGGACGCCCUCCAUCACUGCGUGGGGAGCGCGACUCCCGCUGCGUUCAUGGAAGAGCUCUGGUCCGCACUCCCGACGCUUCGCCGGCUCAUGGGCUUCGAUGACGGGUGGAGAAAGGUCCAGCACGAGGCGUGGAUCGUCAUCGCGGGAGCCCUGUUCGACCCCGAAAUGUUGCGCUUCCCCCUUUCGCUCGUCACUGCCGCGGCCGUCAUGGAGGGCGUCGUGAAGACGUUGUGCGAGCGGUUCAAG